AUGCGUUUCUCCAAGACCGCCGCCGUGGCUGGCCUCGCCGGCUUCGCCUCGGCCCAGACCUACACCGACUGCAACCCGACCAUCAAAACCGACUGCCCGUCCGAUGCUGGUCUCGACAAGGCGUCGUACUCGGUCGACUUUACCGGCGGCGCGAGCUCCGAGUGGACGCUGACGUCCGCGUCGGCCACCUACAGCGCCAGCACCGGCGCCGCCCUGACCAUCGCCAAGGCCGGCAACGCGCCGACGCUCAGCAGCAACUUUUACAUCUUCUUUGGCCGCGUCUCUGUCUUACUGCGCGCGGCCCCCGGCCAGGGCAUUGUCAGCAGCAUCGUCCUCGAGUCCGACGACCUCGACGAGAUCGACUGGGAGUGGAUCGGCGGCCAGGACAAGCAGGUCCAGACCAACUACUUUGGCAAGGGCAACACCACCGUCUACGACCGCGGCACCACGGUCGACCUCGAUGCGCCCACGCAGUCGGCGUUCCGCAACUGGACGCUGGUCUGGACGGCGGCGUCGACGCAGUGGUACGUCGACGGCCGCCUGGUCCGCACGCUGGCCUACGCCGAGGCCCUGGGCGGCAGAAACUACCCGCAGACGCCGAUGCGCGUCAAGGUCGGCAGCUGGGCGGGCGGCGACAGCAGCAACUCCAAGGGCACGGUGGAGUGGGCGGGCGGCGCGACCAACUACAACGACGGGCCCUUUACCAUGUACGUCAAGAGCAUCGAGAUUGAGAACUACACCCCGGCCAGCCGCUACACGUACGGCGACACGACGGGCGACUACAAGAGCAUCGUCAUUGGCUCCUCCAAGACGUCGUCCAAGAUACACUCCAAGAGUUCCGAGGCUUCGACGGCGGCCUCUUCGUUGGCUACGUUUGGUUUGAGUUCCCUCUCCGGUGCGUCCAACAACGCCUCCAACGGCACCGCGUCGUCGUCCAACCGCACUGCUGCAUCCAGCUCCAGCUCCAGUUCCAGCUCCAGCUUCAGUUCCAGCUCCAGCUCCAGUUCCAGCUCCAGCUCCAGCUCCAGCUCCAGCUCGUCCUCGGCCACGUCGACGGUGGCCGAGGUCUCGGGUGCCACCGCCGGCUUCGGCCGCUGGUCUGUUUGGGCUGCGUCUGCCCUCCUGGCAGUUGCAAUGUUCACCUUAUAA